CGGCCGGGGGGGCCCGCCCCGCUCCUCCGCCGGCGGCGGGCGCGGGGCCGCGGGGCCGCGGGCGCUAUUUAAGCGGGCGGGCGCGUAGCGGCGCGCUGCCGCCGGGGCUGGCCGCCCGAGCAUGCACGCCUUCGGGCCGCCCGCCCAGCCGCCGGCCCACGCCCGGGAGCUGCUGGACGCGGCGGCGUGCCCCGGCAUCUACCCGCCGGGCCGGCCCCGGCCGCCGCCCGCCGCCAACCCCUACCUGUGGCUCGGCGGCCCCGCCGCGCCCUGCCUGCCCGCAGCCCCCUGCCCGCCGGGCUCCGCGGGCGCGGAGCGGCGCUGGCCGGCGCUGCCCCCGCCGCAGGAGUGCCCGCGCCCGGCCCGGCCGCCCUACUCGUACUCGGCGCUGAUCGCCAUGGCCAUCCACAGCGCGCCGGGCCGGCGCCGCACGCUCAGCCAGAUCUACCAGUACGUGGCCGAGAACUUCCCCUUCUACAGGCGCAGCAAGGCGGGCUGGCAGAACUCCAUCCGCCACAACCUCUCCCUCAACGACUGCUUCAAGAAGGUCCCGCGGGGCGAGGACGACCCGGGCAAAGGCAGCUACUGGACGCUGGACCCCAACUGCGAGAAGAUGUUCGAUAACGGCAACUUCAGGCGGCGGAGGAAGCGACGGGCCGAGGCCGGCGCGGCCGAGGGCGCCGGGGGGAGCGGCGGGGGCCCGCGGCCGCCCUGCCCCGCCGCUGCCGCCCCCCUCUACGGUCGCGCCGGGGCCCAGGCGUGAGCGCGGCCCCGGCCCCGCCGCGCUGCACCGGCCUCACCGGAGCGGAGCCCCUUCGCAGCGCCGACGUGUACGUGCUGGUACAGCGCCUGGCGGGACCGAGGGGGGGGCGCGGGGGGCCGGGCGAGGCCGUCGGGGCCGCCCGCGGGUGCUGCACUCCCUCCCCCCUCCGCCGCCGCUUCCCACCGAAACCUCGGAAAGGCCCUCACCGCCAGCCGGGCCGGUGGGCGGCCUGGUCCCCCGCCCCGCGACGGCCCGGCAGAGCGCCCCGCAGCACCCAGCGGGCCCGGGCCGGGUGCGGGGCUCCUGCCCCCCGCGGCCCUGCCGGCUGGGUCGGGGCUGGCGGGGGCCGGGUCCGCAGCCCGCACCCCCCAGAGGUGCCAGGAGCCCGGGAUGCAGGGAGGGACAGAGGGAUGUCCCCUCACCCCCCAGGACCCGCUCCCAGGGGGUACCGCGCUGGCAUGCGGGGCACCCAGCCCCGCCAUCCUCUGCAGCGUCUCUAAAUAAACCCCCUUCUUUUUGUCCAAACACACAAGAUCAUCUUUGUGUCAGCCUGCAAAGCUGAUGAUAAUUUGUACGAAGAAUUUCAGAUUUAAUCGAGCGUCCAAAAUUAAGCCGGAUCCCCGCUGAGGAGCUCUUUAAUUGCUCACCGCCUUGGCGAUCGCCGGUGGGGAGCGGGUGGCCCGUGGAGCGGGUGUCCCGCUGCAGCCUGGGGUGCUCAAUCCAGGCACCUGCCGGCUUGCCGGGGCACCUGCUGCUUCUCCCUUGGUAAGAACUUUGCCGGCUGAACCACGGCAGCCGCACACGUGUGUGGGUUCUACCUGUUUUGUGAAGCUUUGGAAAAGCGCAGCGUGGCACCAGUGGGCUGCAGCCAUGGCAGAUAUGUUCGGGCAUUUUAUUAAUUUUUUUAAAUGAGAGGGGUUUGGGCCACCCCUGCUUGCUUAGUAAUGCCUGGUGCCCAUUCCCUGCUUUUUGCUUUCCAGUCGUUUUCUGAAGGUCCGUGAGUUUGAAGAAAAUGGAAUUGUUAACUAUAUAAUCUGUUGCCUCUCCUUUUGGGCUGUCUCCAGCCAGCUCUUCCUCACUUAUGACAAAAAUACAGCUUUCUUAAAUAAAAACCUGAAAGUGGUGUUUACAAGAAAACAACUCCGAACAGAGUUUUGUGCAUUAUAAUGGAACUAUAAAGCAAGGUUGAAAAAAAACCCACAUAAAACAAAUUAAGAAUGUAAAAUGUGUCAGGGGUGCAAGUCCCCAAUGGAGGGGAAGAAUCAGCUGCACAAGCAAAGUUUUCCUUGCCCAAAAUGUAAUAAAUAGUAUUAUAAAGUAUCUGUUCUACAAAUAUCCCAUUUCAGUAGACCUGGAGUGAAGGAAAAAGCCAAGUGAACUUGUCAGCCAAUAACCUGUGUAGGUUUAUUUAGACAAAUGUCUUUUUUUUAUUAAUCUCCUAUUUCAGAAAAAGCUUCAUACAAGAAAAAAUCAUUUUUUAUACGAGAAAAAUCACUGUUCUGAAGUGGCUUUUAAAAAUAUUUCAGACAGAAUCUCUUUGUAUUGUUAUUUUCCAGGGCUAUCGAGCAAGAAGACUUUUAAAUUGCAACCCAUUUCCUUCUUAAAGUGCAUAGAAACCUGUUCAAGGUUUCAAGCUCUUGUUUCAGCAGGGCAACUGUUAGCUACAACAUUAAAGGGUGCAGGGGAAGUUAUUUUUGCAAUGAGUUGUGUUUUAAGCUGCUUUUUUUCCAGGUGGCUGAAGGUUGGGGUGAGCAGGGCAGGUAGAGAGUGAAGAGGGCGGAUAGCCUUGUAUCGUUAGCAAAAAAAAAAAAGGGGGCUUGAUUAAUUUGUUGGUGAAAAUAACCACAUGUUUCAGUUGGCAUUCAAAUUUUUAAAAGCUGCCUUUGGACUGUUAAAUUCAUUUGCCCAGGACUGGGCACACACUCUUAAAUAGGAAGGAUGGAGAAACUCGCCCUGGUGGAUCUGGAGGACACUUCCCAAGACACGGUGAAGACCUUGACCUCAGGGCUGGGAAAGAAAUUAUUUCACUCAACCCACAUUUUCUUUUGCUUCAGGAUACAAAGUUCUGGAUCCAACCAUAUGGGCUGCGCUCUGUAUUUUCACCUUGAGACUGUUUGCCCUGGGGCAGUAUGCCAUUGUAGGACCCUGAAAAUGCAAAAAGGAGAAACUACCCAUGGCUGCAGGUGCUUCAGGCUUUCCCAGCAUGGUCUUAGCAGCUCAGCUGGGUCCUGAAUUGGGGAAGGCCAUGGAUAGCUCAGCGAAAGGACCACACUGCAUUGCCAGAACUUUUCUUCAGGGACCAUUUCAGGUGGUGAUUCAAUGUGUACUUGGAGGACAUGAUUUGUAUUUCCUUGUGCUUCUGUUGUAAUUCUAUUUUUGUGUAUCGGAAAGGAGCAUUUUUUAAAAUAAAUUGGUCUAAUUGGA